AUGGUAUCAAGAGAGGAGUUGGAGGCAUUGAAGGUGGCCGAAUUGAAAGUCAAACUGAAAGACGCUACGUUGCCGGUGUCGGGAACGAAGGCUGUGCUGGUCAAUAGACUGCUAGAGCAUUAUGAGGCCCUUGCAGAGGAGAAGGCGGUUGCUGCUGAGGACGAGAAACCUGUGGAGGAGGGAAGUCCUGAUGAGAAGGAUAGUGAGGAGAAGGGGAGUAAUGGUGAUAAUAAGGAGGGUAUUGAGGAGAAGAAGAGUAAUGAUGAUAAUAAGGAGAGUAUUGAGGAAAAGAAGAGUAAUGAUGGUAAUAAGGAGGGUAUUGAGGAGAAGAAGAGUAAUGAUGGUAAUAAGGAGAGCAUUGAGGAGAAAGAUGAUGAUGAUCAUAAGAGGAAGGUGGAGAGAGCUAGACGGUUCGGCACUGAGGAGGGCAGGGAUAUGCCUGAGGGUAGUGGGGAGAAGGAGAGGGAGGAGGGUGUAGAGUUGAAGAAACAAUCUGAAGUGGCUGGGCAGCAGGGAGAGAGGAAAAGGGAGGAAACGCUGCCAAUGGCUAAGUCGAUGGAAAAAUUCGCCGAGUUUGUCGAUCGUGUCAUGCACGAUGCCCAAUUGAUCACCGCUGAAGAUGUCCUUGCGGAGGAGCGCAAUGCGGCUAUUUUGGAUUUGGCUCUGGAACAAUUGUCAAAAGAAAACGUGAUGGAGAUGAUGCUUGACAUUGAUCGUGAUAUUAAGAGGGAGUUCAGAUGGAGAACGGAAAUUCGUUGGCCGCCUUCUAUGUUCCACGGGCGUUUCCGGAGGGCUUGCCGUAUGGCAGGGUUGAGGGGUAUGCCUGACGAUCGAUUCGGUGGUUAUUCCGGAGGGAAGGGUAGUUGGGGGAAAGGAGGGAGAUGGGGGAGAAGGAGACAGAAUGGAAGGGACCUAAUCACUCUAGAGAGCUCAUGCUGCGACUCCUCGAUAUUGGUUCGCCGUUCUCGGGAGGGAGACGUCGUCCCUUCUCCCCACCUCCAUCGUCAUCACGUCGUCGCAGUAGGAGUCGUAGUGAGGGCAGAUCGAGAAGACCAUCGUCGCCUCCAGCAUAUCGCAGACCCCAUCGUGGACGUCAUGGCAACAGUCGAUCGGGCAGUAGGGAGAGGAAUGAGCAUAGCUCGUCGAGGCGACACAGUCGCUAUGAUAGGAGUCGAUCACGAUAGAGUGGGGCCUCACCUGAAUCUAGGUGUUAUCUACAACGGUGAUGAUGAUAAUGCUGAGAAUAGAGUACCUUAUGUCAGCUUGUAG